AGAUCAUGGGGCCAUCUUCUAGGUCAAUAUCAAAUUGAUUAUACUGAAGAGGAAGUUUUGAUGACUGUUCCUCUUUUUCAUAUACUCUUGGAAACUGUCAGCUUAAAGAUUUCAACCUACACUUUAAUUAGUGUGUUUUUGAUCCACUUGUUAGCCACACGUGGAAGUAUUGAACUAAAAUGUCAAGGCAGAAAUUGCAGUGUUGGGACAUUGUUAAGUAAGAAUGUGUUUAAUAAUCACAGAAACACACAUAAGGACUUCUUUAAAUAUGAAAAUAUUUAUAAAAAAAAUAUGGAUCCUCCUCUUUCCACACAUAAAAAUAACUGACUAGAAAAAAGACAUGGUAAAAAUUCUUGGGUCCCAGAUCACUUGAUAACUAGUGUUUUUUUUUUCUUUAAAUGAAAUUAAAAAUAAAAGUUUUAAUUUAAUUUUGAAAAUAGCAUUCAGUUCUACUGAAAGAUUGUAAUUGGUUUCAAGCUCAGACAAAUGAUAUUAAAAUUAAUGUUAACUAUUGAUAAAAUUGAUAAGAGUAAUUUAUACAAAAAUUUUAUAUAUUAGAUAUUUCUUUAUUGUGGAUUUUGGAGAAAUUUUGUUUAUGUUUACAGGAUGGAAAUACUUGACACGAAUGGCAAGGAAGUUGAGGGAAAAGUUGUAGAAGACACUAUAGAAAUAAAAGAAGUGAAUAUUAAGCUUGAAGAUAGAUAUGAAGAAACAAAACUGUGGUGGAGAUAUUGAAUGAGUUUAGCAAGGAAAUAAAAGGAGAAGUUUUAGUAGACCCUGUAGAAAUAAAAGAAGAAAAUAUUAAGCUCGAAGAUAAAGAUGAAGAAAUUGAACCGGCAGAGAUAUUACAUGCAAGUGAUGAGCAAGUAGAAGGUUCAUCUGAAAUGAAAAGAAAGAAAAUUAAGCUUGAAAUUGGAGGUGGGAAUUCAUGCAGACCAAAUGGGCAACCAUUGUUGACUCCAAUCAGACAUCGUGGGAAUUCAAGGAGGCAACCAUUCCUGACCCCAUUCAGACGCGAAUUAAAGAAGAUUCAAAGGAAAAUCGAAGCCUCCCGAUUGGAUGAAGAAGAUGGGUGGAUGGAAAAAAAAAACCGAACUCUAAUCGAGAUGGAAAUGGAUCAUGUACGUCAAAAACAAUUGUUGCAGCUUCAAUUCAUUAACCAGAAGCGUGAACUUGAACUAGCAUUGGAAGAGGAGACGGAGAAAAGAGACAUGAUUUUUAUAAAACAGUUAUUAACACUGAUGCAGGAAGCGACAGAAAAGGAGUCGAGUUUAAAACAAGAGUUGAUGGAAGCGCGACGGGAGCAGCUUUUAAAAGAAAACAUUAUGAGAAUGCGUGAAUUGGUAAAGUCAGAAAUUGAACUAGAAAAUCUUGAUUAAUAACAUAACAUUAAUUAACUAUUUGAGCUUUUUUUAUAAGACUGAUUGUUUUACAUAUCCCAAUAAUACUUUUGUUGUCAAUAUAUAUGUAAAAUUAAAAUUAUUGGAUUUUGUUAUCUUUAAAAUCCUUGUCUAAUGUUUAUUGCAUUUUACUACUGAUCACAUUAUUCUCUAUCCAACGUUUUGUCCUUUUUAAAUUUAUUUUCUGACAGCUAAAAUUAUGAUCAGAAUGUUUUUAUUUUAUUUAAUAACUUAUUUUUAUUUAAUUCUUAUCAAUUAAAUAAUAAUUUUUGUUGUCGUUGAUUGAUAGUUGACUGUAGAAGAUAUAUUGAUUGAACAGAAGUUGGUUGGGAUUUUCAAUCAGUGAAAAUAAUCAUCAUCAUCAUUAUAUAGUUCCUCUUAACCGCUUUAGCAAUGUAAAUGUGAAAAUACAGAGUAAAAAUAAAUAAAUUAUAUUAUAUUCACUGACUGAAAACUCCUACCAACGUCUCUUCAAAACAUUAUUAUUAUUUAAAACUUAUUAAAUUAAUAUUUGUUAUUAUUUAAUUAUCAAUAAUUUAUAGUUUAUUAUUAUUUUUAAAUUUUAUAUUUCAGUAUUAUGAGCUCACAAAUUCCUAGCAUCUGUUUUAUGGUUAACUGUUAUUUUUUGUAAAUUUUAUAGUUCCUCAUCAUUCACUGUUUCUUGCCCUGAGUACGCUAUCUAAUAGUUUACAUCUAAUAUCUAAAAAUUACUUUUGAGGUAUCACAGUGAAUUAUUUUAUGAGUUUUUGGAAAAUUAUAUAAAAUUAUUUAUCUUUGAAGCAAAGAAAUUGCUUGCUUAUAAAAAAUAACCACUUCAUUAGAAUUUCAAUAUUUGUGGAUUCUUCCCUAUUUUCAGAGAAUUGUACAAUAACAAAAUAUCAUAUCAACACUUGUAUCAUUAUAUAUAAAUUAUAUUGUACUGUUUUAUAUUAUGUUGAUUCAUUUUUUUUUUUACCUUGUUUAUUCCUAUUAAACUUAAUGUUACUGUUGUUCUUUCUGUGGUAAAACUUUGACCAUAAUCAUUGUUGAAAAUUUGAGGAAAACAAAUGAAUUUGUAUAUUUCCAUAAUUUUUUUUUCUAUUCAUAUAUAUCCGUGCACACACUUUUAUAUGUACUUACAAUAAAAAACAGUGCCCCACCAUUUGUGCACCUUUGAUUUAUUCGCAAAUAAAGUUCUGUAUCCAUCAUUACUUUUUAAAAAAAAAAUAUUUGAACCUACUUCGCUCCUUUGAUCAUUGCAAAUUGUUUCAUUUCAACAUUAAUUUUAUACUAUACCAAUAUGUCAUAAUAGAGUUCACCUAAAAAAAUGUAUCGAACAUGAUUCUGUUCUAUUUUCAUUUUGUUGCGAAUUCAAGAAGCUUUCAUCUAAUUAUGGGUUUCAAUGUACCAAAAAUUGUGUACUUUUUGAGUUAUUCGCA